AUACUUUCAAAAACUGGCGCCAUUUUCACUCUUCCGCCAAACAAAAUCCCCCCUCUCUUCUGUCACUCCCAAAAUUCCCAUUUCCAAUCGAAAAACCCUAAUCCAAUUUCAAUCCCUAAUUCACCUUCCAUAGGAACCAAAAAAUGGGGAAGCAAACCAAAUCCCAAGCCUCCCAAUCGUUCGGCAAAGGAGACGUAACCCCGAUGCAAACCGCAUUCAUUGUAGACCGAUAUCUCGCCGAUAACAAUUUCUCCGACGCUCGCUCCGCCUUUCGAACCGAGGCGGCUUCCCUCAUUGCCAAAUCGCCAGUUCAAGAAGCGCCCAAGAGUUUGUUGAGCUUAGGAGAUAUGUUGAAUGAGUAUAUCUUAUUAAAAGAGCAAAAAGUUAUGGUGGAUCAAGAACGGGUGCGUUUGGAACAGGAAAAAAUUAGGGUUCAGACGCUUUUACAUGGUAUGCAAGAUGUAAUGAAUGCUUAUAAUGUCAAUGCACCUGGACCGUUGAUUCAGAAUUCUGCUGUGAGAUCUAUGGUGGUUCCUCAGUCUGGUCUUAGAUCGUCUGCUGGUUGUUCUAUGUACACAUCAUCACCGACUGUUGUGCCAUUUCCGAUGGGCACAAAUAUCAUUAAUCAGCAUACAAAUAUGUCUUCAUCGGUUAAAAACUUGACGAGGAAAAGAGUUGGCUCAAUUGUUGGUUUGGAGCCGUCUUCUGCUAAUAAGAAAUCUCGAAGCAGAUUGCCAUUAAAUGUUAAGAAACCAGCCAACCAAGCAAUUACACAUGAAGCUGCACAGCCUGAUAACGCAGCUACGACAAAUGUUACUGCUCAGUCUUCUAUGAUCAAAUUAUCACCUCAUAACCAUGUACGUAGUUUUACAAUAGGUCAAGGAUCAAGCGUUGCUAAGAGUUUAUUCAAUCAACCUUCGUUGCCUCCCCCUACUAAUUCAACUGGUCCUAAUACGCCACCACGAGCAAUUUUCACUGACAAUGAUCGAUCUGUAUCUUCAAUGGGUGUAUCUUCUUCAGCGUAUUGCAGCAAUAGCAUUACUUCUCAAGUGACUCCUACAAAUUGUACUGUAAUUACAUCAGAAAGACUUACUGUAAGCCCAUGUAAACAUGUGUCAUACACAAUGGAGAGAAACCAAUGCAUUUCUUCGUCCUCACCGAUCAAGACAACAUAUAAUAGGUUGACAAAGAGGGAAACUGUAAAAGGAAGACUAGAUUUUGAUAUUUCUGAUGUGGCACCGAGUGUGGAUAAACCAAUUGUUGAAGAGCUAUGUUCCUCUGAGUCUGAUAAGGAAGGAGACCCUUUUGACAUUGAUUUGCCCAAUUUAGAUGCAUUUGGAGCUAACUUCUCUUUCUCAGAAUUGUUAAUUGAUCUGGAUCUUGAAUGUGAAGGGCUUGGUUGCCCUCCAGUUCUGGGUGCUUCUACAGACUGUUUUUCAGGGUCCUCACCGGAGUCUGGGGAUGGUAAUCUAGGGGAUGACCCAUUGAUUUCAGAUUUUUCGUCAACUAUGACUGAGGCAAUCUCAGGAAUAGAUACGAACAUAGAGACAAACAUUCAAGGCUCUGAUGCUCCAACUGCUAUGAAGACAAUAUCAAAUAACAUUAUCUUAAGCCCAGCAAAAACCAACCGAAGUUCUCCAGAGCAGUAAAAUUACAUGGCAAGAAAUUGGAUUUUUUGAAGAUUCUGAUGACUCUUAAUCUGACUUAUUCCCAGUACAGAACUCACUGAUUCUCUUAACUAUUAGCAUUACAAGAGGCGAUUUUUGAGUUCUUUGUUUGGCUUAUUGCUCGAGUCUGACAAAGCAUUUGCUACUUUUACGAUAUUAUAGUCUAACCAAUGUCUUUCUGUCAUAUGAACAUAUGAUCACCCAUGCUGGAUAAUACAACACAAAUAUUGAGUAGGCCUUUGUCAA